AUACAAGGUUUACGGUAAACAUGGCGGCCCCCAUGCCACUCGUGAGAUCUGCUAGCUAGAAUGUUCUGGUACCUUCAGGUUUCUGUGAUUUAAAGGAGGCAGGUCUGUUUCUUCGGGUCAAUCGGAACCAGCGCGUCUCAUUAUUCGACAGAGUUUCUCGGAGUCCAGCAGAGGUUUGUUGGAAAUUAAAUAUUUCAUGUUAUCGGGAGAGAAAAGGCUAAUUUAUAUUUAGACUCUCUGAGAGACUCUGUUUCUGUGUUUUUAUUCAUGUUUACCUCUAAACCGGUGAUGUUAACUGUCAAUAUUCGGUCUUAAAGUAGAAGUGUUAAAGUAAAAUGUCAGUUCGUGUUUGUUAGUUUUAGUUUGUAGAUCUUUCUCCUCUCCAGGACCUAAACUCAGUUUUCCUGAUCAGACUCUUUCAUGUCUGUUUUUAUAUUUCCGUCUUUAGCUGUUUUCACAUCAUGGCAGACGACAGACAGGGAAGGAGAUACCCUCAGAACCUUCAGGGGGUUCUUCAGCUGGCAGUGGAGGCUGGAUCUGCAGCAGAGGGACCUGGACCUCUUGAACCUAUGUCCGAGGAGGUGAGACACUCUUUACCUGAAACUGUAGAGGGUUUAAGAGAGUUCAGACUCACUUUAUUGAUCAGAGUAUUGACUCAUCAGACUCACAUUAUUGAGAUCAUCUAAACAAGCUGAUGAACUAAUUUGAUCAUUUUUCUGUAUUUGAGUUAAAACAAGUCAAUAAAUACCUGAGACAAAGAGCAGGAUAAAAUCUGAGGGAAUAACAACUGAGGGAGACAUUUUCUUUUUUAUUAAUCUCAUAUAUCAAUAAUCCAUCAACAUUUUAGAUAUAUUGAACAUAUUUCUAACUGUAAAGAAUAUUUCCAUACUUCUCCAUAUGAAAAUGAUCAGCUUUAUUCUCCCCACAUCGUCUCCAGAUUUCUGUUGUUUUGCUGUAAUAAAGUAUCUGACAAUAUUCUUCACCCAGAUUCUCAUGUUGUUUUCUUCUUCUCUCCUUCGUUUACGUCCUCCUCUGAUGAUUCCCUCUCAGCCUCUUUUUCCCAGUUUUCUUUCAUAGAUGUUGUUUUAUUGUUGACCUUUAAUUUUCUCUCCCUGGUCUGAAUCAUCUGCUGAGAUGAAUAAUUUCAUGAUUCCUGACUCGAGCUCAUCUGAAUUAAACUUUUUUAUAGUUUCCUCCAAAUAAUGCCUCAUUUGUAAUCUUGAUAUUGAUUUUUCAGAUCCUGAAAUCUUCUGAUGACCUUCUCAUUAAAAAGUUCCUAAAAUAUUUUUAGUCCCACUUCCAUCGACUGAAUCUGCUGUCUGCUGUGUUUUCUACAAACUCAGAAUCGUUUGUAAUCGAUCUCGAUACUUUGCUCUGAUCAAUCAGUUAAUUCUUUGAUAUCAUCUCAAACCAGAUCUUUUUGGAAACCCUCAGCCAUGGAUUUAAGUCCUCCUGAAGAUGUUCCCUCGAUUUUAUAUCAUUGAUUAUCGCUUGUAUUGGAACGUGUGUGUUCUGAGUGAAACCUCCUCAUGCUCGUGUUUCAGAGGAAAACUUGGCUGAGAGACGCUCUGGCAGAGGUCUGCAAAGGACAGAUGGAUGAAGUGGAGCAGAUGAAACGGUGCUUGGCAGUCUUGAGAGAAGAAGAAACGAAAAUCAGGGAGCAGGAUGGGGAGGAGGAGAGGGAUGAAGAUGAUGAAGAUGAGCGGGAGUCAGCCUUUGAGAUUCUGUCAGAGCUGUGUGAGAACCUGGACAACGCCAAAGGUUCGUAACCACGGUAUCGAGGUUCAUGAAGUAGGAUAGAGGUUAGAUGUUUGAUGACUCAGUCCUGACUUCCUCCUCUUCCUCUGUUUCACAGACCUGAUGACUCUCGGCGGUCUGGACUUGUGCCUCUCCAAGUAUCUUUGUCACGCUCAGAGUGGGCUGAGGUGGCGAGCGGCUGAGCUCAUCGCUUCCUGCGCCCAAAACAUGCCUCAGGUGCAGAUCCAUUUGCUCAGCAUCGGAGCUCUUCCCAAACUCCUGCAGCUGAUCGACUCAGACCCCCACCCCACCGUCAGAGUGAAAGCUCUCUACGCCGUGUCAUGUGAGUAUCUCAGACAGCGCUGUAAAAAUCCACGUUACCGCUCCACGAUCCUCAGAGCUGUGACAGCAGAAACAUGUCGUGGGUUUAGAGAGGGAUGAGUUAGAAAAGACUUGAAACCUUCAAACAAAACUGUAACUGUGACUCGUUCUGACUUCAGGUCUGGUUCGGGAGCAGGACGCAGGACUCCAGGAGUUCUUGUCCCAUGACGGCUUCUCAGUGCUGAUGAGAGGGAUGCAGUCAGAGAACGAGAAACUCAGGACCAAGUCGGCGUUCCUUCUGCUCAACCUGCUGACGUCACAUCCUGAACACAAAGGUACGAAGGGGGAGUCUGUCAGCCCUUAGUUCAGAUCUCCACGGGUCUCAGGUGGUUUUUGUCAGAGCCCUGGUUGAUCCGUCAUCAUCAUCCUGAUUCGCUCUGACCUCUGAACCUUCGUCUCUCUACCUGCAGACACUGUCGUCUCCAUGGGGAUGGUACAGCAGCUGGUUUCUGUCCUCCGAACCCCUCACUCACCUUUCCAUGAGCAUGUGCUUGGCGCCCUCUGCUGGUAAAUCACGCCCUCUACCUGGUGUCUUACACACUAUGUUGUUGAUUUAUUAUUUAGUGUAUUUCUGACACGUUUUCUGUUGUGAUUUUUGUAGUCUGGUGGAGGAUUGUCCUCAGGGUCUCAAAGACUGCCGGACUCCAGCUCUUGGUCUGGAGGAGUUACUCAGACAGAGAUCAAGAGAGCUCCAAGGAAAAGAGGAGAGCCAGGUACCUUUGAGACUUUUUCACCUCCAGAGUUGAAUUAAAUUCAAGUUUUGUUACAAUUCAGACCCAGACACAGAGUGGAGUUUUUAAAGUUCUUGUUCAGAGUCUUAUCUGUGUGUUUCCAACAGGAGGAGCUGGACUUCUGUGACCGUCUGAGGGCGGCGUGUUUCCGUGGACAGCAGUCCGAUGAAAACGGGAUGGAUCGCUGACGUUUGUUCUUACUUCACCUGUUCUAGUUUGCAGACGUGUACCAGGACGUUCACGGCUCAGAUCAGAGUGUCAAACUACAUUUCUGUCUGUUUGGAGCGGUGCUGUCCGAAUCAGUGCAUGAAAUCCAGGAGCUGGGUUUUAGUUUGUAAAUAAGUCUAUGAUGUAUAAAACUGUUUUUCAAGUCAGCUGUUGUUUUAUAUCUGUGGUUUUAGUUUCAUAUCUGUGACGUAAUAACAAACACUUUUAUCACAGGAAGAUUUUAAAGGACUUAAAAUGUAAAUUAUUUAAACAAGGAACAUUUUCAACCUUUUGAUUGUGACAGUUUUUAUCCACCUAAAGCUUCUGAGCUGGAUUAAAAAAUUAAUUUAGGGUCAAACCCACCGUAACACCGAGUUAGACCCCCCCUCCAGAGAUGAAUGUUGCCGACCGCUUCCUUCUCUAGUCAUACCAACUUUAGUAACGACCGCAGGAUAGAAAUACAGAGAGCCACGCCCCCAACCAAAACGCCACUCUAUAGCCACAAAUAAUGUUUAGAACAGCACCUAACUUCAUCAACAGGACAUAUAGGGUCACAGUCAUAGUACUAGACACCAAACAUCUUUUUAACUUUGACUCAUUUCUUUAGCAAAGAGACUAAACACAACUCACCUACUCUCUUCCAGCAGACGCUUGUUUGUAGUGAGACCUCAGACCAGUCCAUUAUGGACUACAGCGGGGUGCCGCAGCUCAAGGAAGAACAUUUAUGAUGGCUGGGACCCUAUAUGUACUAACCUCUGUAGAUCAUGGUGUAGUUCCAUUUAGUAACAGAACCUCAUUGGAAAAUUAGCUGAUUUAACUUUACUGUGCUCUUGUUUAAAUAUAUUAACUCAACAGCACAUAAAUCCAUACCUGUUAACAAAAUCAUGAAUUUAUUGAUAAUUCGGCUCAAUAAAAACACCUUUACCUUUUCAUUUUACUACAGUAGAAGUUUAUUGGCCCAGCUUAUAGACUACAGAAGUGGAGAAACGCCCCCGCUUAAGUUUCUGUUUUCUUAGGAGUUAGAACAACUCUGACUAUAGUACUAUGUCUGUGACCCUAUAUGUCCUGUUGAUGAAGUUAGGUGCUGUUCUGAGCAUUAUUUGUGGUUACAGAGUGGCAUUUUGGUUGAGGUUUGUUUAUGGCUCCUCAGACCGCUGUGUAUUUCUAUCCUGCGGUCGUUACUAAAGUUGGUAUAACUAGAGAAGAAAGCAGAAUAUCCCUUUAACCCCCUGAGUGAAAACAUGACUCAGACUUGGAGAACAUACAAAAACAUCCCUGUUUAUUUUCUCACUCUAUUUAUUUAUUGACAGCAGUGAGUAUUUAGAGACACAGAGGCUGACUCAACAAAUGUAAAACUUACUAAUCAACAUGGAUGCUCCUCAGACUCACCGAUUAAAACAUGUUUGAACAAAUCUACUGAUAGAAAUGAUCUUCAGUCUUCUUUUUAGAUUUUAAUUAAUUAUGAGGUUAAUGAAGCAUAAAUUGGAAACAUAGAAUAAUAAGAUAUUUCGAGCUGCUUUCACUCGUCACAGCCUGUAGCUGUCGAUGCCGACCAGAAAGGACAUGUCCUCUCAUCCUCCUGUCCUCCUGUCUUUGGUGAGGACCUCCAGGUCUAAGCUUUCGGGGUCAGUGUUCGUGGUCUUCCAGGCUGAUGAUCCGGUUUAGGAACUCUUCCAUUUUGCGUAAUCGUCCUUGCUCCUCGCUGCUCUUACAUCCCCCACAGCAAUAAGCAGCUGCGCCAGGUAAUAUGUCACCAUGACAACAACCUGACCGUGUUCGGCUGGUGGCAUCACCUUAAAAACCUGCAGAGCCAGAGACAGGUCAGACACCAUGAAGAUCAAACUCCCCAGCAUCGUCGCCGUGUGUCGGGUCCUGAUGGCCAAAGUCCCCAUGAUGGUGAGUAACAGGAUGUAAACUCCGACACCUGGGAGAAGGAGGUCCGCGUCAGGGGCCUUCUGCAGGAACGGAUACAGGUACGUGUAGAACCCGGCCCCCGUCAGAAACAGGAGCAGGAACAUGAGAAGGUUAAAGGAGGAGGAAGACUCCGGAGAGUACCGACUGGAGAGGAAGGUGAGCGAGUAGAGGAGGUGAGCCACGGCGAACGCACCC